UAUUGAAUGCACAUGGAGGCGUCCGCUCGGAAAGAGCAGUUUAUUCACGUCGAAAAACUGCGUAAUCUUAUUACUAAAGAGUCGCUAGUACUUUUCAUCGGUGAAGAACUCUCGAUACUCGAGAAACCAGCUUCUUUGGAUCAGUGGUGGGACUUCCUGGUUGAUGACAUUCAGCAAACUAGAGACCGUCUGUUGGAGAAGGAAGAGCAGUAUGUCAUGUCCUUGGAAAAUCAAAGAUCAAAAGAGCAUGAAUACCUCAGAAUGUUGGGUCGAUUUCCUUUAAUUUUGACAACUAAUUUGGACCAGUUGAUUGAAAGGUUUUUGUGGAAGUCUGGUCCAAGACGAGAAACAGUGAGACUUGAUCAGGUUGAGGUUCUUUCUAGCUCAUGGAUUAACAGGAAACGAGAUGUGAUUGUGAAGUGCUUUGGUGACCACGGUUACGCUGGAAGUGUAACACCUGAAGCUAAGGACUUUAUGUUUAAGCUUUGCGAGGAGAACAUUAGUCAUCAACAUGUUGCUUAUCAAUUUAUGGAAUCCGUUUUCAAUCAACGAACUGUUUUAUUUCUUGGCUGCAACAGGAACCAUCCACUUUACAAUGGACUGAUCAACACAUUUGCAUUGGAUUCUAAGGAAACACAUUACUGGUAUGACUUGUCAUCCGACAGCAAGUCAGUCAAGCAGGAUCGAAACUUGGUUACACUGCAAUUUAACAUGCCACUAUGGGAGUUCAUUCUUUAUCUCAGUACUGGAUCUAUGCAAAAAGAAUUUCAGUCAGGGCAAGUUUGGGAGCGCUUUUAUUUGUCUACUCAGAGGGAGAGUUAUCUGCAGCAGCAGCUAGAACUUGAAAAACAAGCAUCAGAGAUCACGUACAUGACUUCAAGUAUAACCAAUGCUCUGGCCCCAAAGGAAGUCAUCGAUACUGUUGCUAAACCUAAGGUAGCAGCAAUAUUUGAUGAUGAUCCAUUUGGUGUUGGUUCAGCAGAAAAAGUAGAUGCUACCAUUCAAGCAAUGAUCAAGAGAAGGGAGAACCUUUUGGAGCUUAUCAAGCAAGGUGAAACUCGAAUUCGAGCUGUCUUUCUGUUUGAUGAGUUCAAGAAGGAGAUUGAUGAUUCAAACAAUGACCGACGUCAAAUGAUGAUUCGAAAGUAUGCUGAGGCCGUUCUUCUUUGCAACUCUUUUCUUAAGACUACAAGUUCAUUUGAAAUUAUCAUGGUACCAACUUUGACCAGUGAUGAACUGGCUGCAAUGAAAAAGGAAACAUACGCUUACAUUGAAUUGAAAAGAGGUGCAGACAAGGCCAUUUGCUAUGCUGAUACAGCAGUAUCAGGGGAGCCUCGUUUUGGAACACACAUGAUUGUGGUGAAUGGAGCUGAGGUGGCAGCAAGAAAGAAACACCUUGAUCAAACAUUGUCAAGAGCUUGGAAAUCGGAGAAAUCACUUAUGAUGUUAGUGGCUUUGGUGUUGCGAGCUAACAGAGAAGCUCAUGCUUUGGAUGAAAAUAUGUUGAAGAAACUGGAGCAGUUGGAUCAGCUACAGGGACUAACUGAAAGUCAUGCUGUUGAUUUGAGUAGUUUGGAGCAAGUUGGAUCUGGCUCAUUUGGAUCAGUUUACAAAGGGCAGUAUAAUGGGCAUACUGUUGCAUUCAAGCUGAUCAAUGAGAAAGCUGAAGAAAGCGAUCUGGAAGUCUUUUUAAGAGAAUUUGAAACAAUGAAACGGUCAAGACAUCCACACAUUGUUUACGUUGAAGACUGUUUUCGUUCUCGGUCAAGAUUUGGUCUGAUCAUGGAAUUUAUAAGUGGUAAUAAUUUAUGGCAGAUUAUUCAGACCAAUGGUGCUUUGUCAAGAGACAAUGCUUACAAGUGUGCUAAAGCAGUCGGCAGUGCACUUCAGUAUCUUCACUCUUUAAGUAUCAUGCACAGAGAUGUGAAACCAGACAAUGUCUUGAUUGGUGGUGAUUUUGACGUAAUCAAGUUGAGUGACUUUGGCUUGGCCAGGGCAACAGAGGGCACUCGAGAAACAAAGACCAUUCUUCGAGGAGCAUGGCGAUACAUGGCACCAGAAGUGAUGCAACAUGGCAAAUACUCUGCUCGAGCAGAUGUCUACAGUUAUGGCUGCAUGCUGAUUGAGGUUGUUAGUGGGAAGAAAGUGUUUGAUGAAUUUGCCAAGGAGAAAGAAGCUGGAAUUCAAAAGCUGUACAAACGACCUAGGAUACCAGUUGAUUGUGUGGCUAUUUAUGGAGCUGCAAUGAGAUAUGCUAUUGAGAAAUGUGUAGAAGAUGACAAUGGUCGACCAGAGAUGGUGCAAAUUCUUUCAAUUCUUGAAGACAGAGUGUCAAAUUUGGUUGAGCCAGUUUCCUCUGCUGAUGUUGAACUUUUGUGUCUUGGAACAGGUACUGGAAUCACAGGUAUUGUCACUAGUGAAGCAAGCUCAGCUUUUAUAGUACUGUAUCAAGGGCAGCCAUUUCUACUUAUCGAUCUUGGUUAUGGUGUUUAUCGUCAGUUUAGGGAGCAUUUUCCUGAACAUAAAUAUUUGCCUGACAAAAUAUUUGUAACUCAUAACCACGGGGAUCAUGCAGCUGAGCUACCACCUCUACUUGUUUUUGAUGCUGUAGAACGACGGAAGGAAAAUAAGUCAAAAGUGACUAUCUACUGUGGGCAAGAAGUUGAAAUGAGACUGAAACAACACAGAUUGAAUGAGAUAAGUAGCUCGAUGCUUGAUGAUACGACACAAGCCACAACGGAUGAGUUGGCUAAUUGGGUGAUUUGCUCAGAACGUCAUGGAAAAGUGUUUCUUGAUGCCCAUCGUUAUCUUGGCCUGAAGGUUCACAGGAGCAGACACUCUGAACCCAGUUAUGGCUUUACUUUAUAUUGGCGAAAUGAAGCUAUUCUUGGCUUUUCAUCUGAUUCUGGAUUUGAUAUAUCUCUGUAUGAUACACUUCAUCAAAGCACAACUGUUUUGAUUGAUGCAAGGGAAUCUGGAUCACCAGAACAUGCAUCAUUUGCCGAGCUUAUUGAGUACGAGAAACAAGUGGCUUCUAAGGAGAAUAAGAGUGCUGUAUUCAUCUAUGGCUAUGGAACAUCAGAAGAAGCUCCUGCUAAUGGAGACCUUCCUAAACAUGUUUCUGUGCUGUCUCCUGGCAAUCGGAUACCUCUGUGGUCACGCAAAUCCAAGUCAAAUGUGGCAUUGCCUAGUGAAACUACACUUGCAACGAUUCCAAAUCAGAUUUUAGUUGCUGAAACUGCUGGGUAUCCACCUUUGAAUGCAGACACAGUUCAACGUAAUGUUGAUGGUAUGGAUACUGAAUUGUGUACUACUAGUGGAGAGUCUCACAAUAGUUCUGAAAUGAUGGUGAGUGCAUCUGUUGCAAGCUCCGAAGCUCAUCAGUCAAACAACGAAACAUAGUUGGUCAUACGUUUUUAUACUGGACUUGGGUUGACAUUUGCAAGACUGCAUGGCAGUUAGUAAUGUUGUCUGCAUGGUAGCAAAUAGUCUACACGUAUUUUGUACCUGCGCUGUCAUUUGAAAUGUUCGCAUAAUUACAUUGCAUUUCUAGUAAAA